UAAAUUCGGCGAGAAUGUAAACCAUUUUUCCCAUGUCCAAAGUCCACUGACAAAAACAAAAAAAUACAAAAAAAAAAGAUACGAUGAGUAUAUAAAUUUUAUAUAUUUAUGUAUAUAACAAAAAAGGAAAAGCAAAGGGAAACUAAGCAAAAGAUUCAAUUCCUCGGGAUUUUUUUGUUUUUUUUUCUUUUAACGACGAAAAAUAGAGAGAUUUGCUUUGCCUUCACAGUCGACGGGUUAAUUUUGCGGCGGAGCCAUGGCGAUCGUCAACCGGCAGCGGCGGAGCUCCGAGAGGAAGCUGUUUAGUCUCUGUCCCUUUUGGCUAAGUUCCGCCACGAUGAACAACUCUUCGUCUUCUUCCUCAACUCAAAACCUCAACCACAACGGCAACCGUCAUACGGAAGCGGUUCCCGCCAAGCGCUCCAAAACCGUUUCUUCCGUGGCUAGAUCGCUUCUCCCUCCUCUGCGCCGGCUUCGGCUUGAUCCUACUAAUAAGCUCUACUUCCCUUAUAAGCCUGGAAGUCAGGUGAGAAGUGCGAUCAGGUUGAAGAACACGAGUAAAUCUCACGUAGCUUUCAAGUUUCAAACUACUGCGCCGAAGAGUUGUUUUAUGCGUCCGCCUGGUGGCAUUUUGGCGCCAGGGGAAAGCAUUAUUGCGACUGUGUUUAAGUUUGUGGAGCGACCCGAGAAUGAUGAUGUGCAGGUGGAUUUAAAGGAUUUAAAGAGUAAAGUGAAAUUUAAGAUCAUGAGUUUGAAGGUUAAUGCUGGGGACGAAUACUUGCCUGAGCUUUUUGAUGAACAAAGGGAUCAAGUGACUGUAGAAAGAAUUUUGCGGGUUGUAUUUCUAGAUGUGGAGCGGCCUAACCCUGCAUUGGAGAAACUUAAGCAUCAGUUGGCUGAAGCUGAGGCUGCUCUUGAAGCACGCAAGAAACCACCCCCAGACACAGGUCCCCGGGUUGUUGGGGAAGGUCUUGUAAUUGAUGAAUGGAAAGAGCGAAGGGAGAAAUACUUGGCACGUCAGCUAGUUGAAGGGUAGAUUCAACAUGAAAGUGUUGUUGCUUUGGCUGAGUGUGCUUUUUCUUCUUUGGUGGAAAAGAUGCAUCAUUUGAACCCCCUCAAUUUGCGGCUCUGUUGGGAGGAAAGGUGAAGAGAUGAGUUCGACAGUCCAGUUCCUGUAGAGGAGAACAGUGUGUUCUCAUGCCAUUAUUCAUCAUAUGAACAGUGUAAAGGUCGAGGUACCCGAUCUUGGGCUAAAGCCGUCCUACUUGUAGAUAAUGGGUUUUGUUUUUGUCAUGAAAAUAAAUGCAGAGCACAAUGCAUUAUCAUA